CGCGUCGGAGGGCGGUAGGGGUGUCGUCCGCCAGGGACACUCGGGGACCGCCGUUGGCUGCGGGCGGCGGCGAGGGAAGGGGGGCAGCAGAGCGAGGGGCGGCGGCGAGCGGCUCGGCUGGGCUGCGCUGCUCUGGGUAGUGCUGCUGCCGCCGCGGUGGAUGUUUCCAUGUUGUUUGGUGCAUGAUUUAGAGGAGAGGAGGAGUUGUCAGCGGCAGGGAGCGGGGAUCCGCGCCGCCAGCGGCCCUGCCUCUCUCCUCGCCCGUGUGGCAUCGAGGCAGCUUGCCCUGCGGGGGCUCCCGGGCAGAGAGCGCCUGUGCCCCCCGGGGCCGGUGCGGCAGCGGGGCGGCUGUGUGUGAGUGCGGGGUGCGUGUGCCUGCGAUUUUAGGGGGGGUGGGGGUUGUGUCUGAACCAGUUAGGAAGAAUGACUCUGGAGUCCAUCAUGGCGUGCUGCCUGAGCGAGGAAGCCAAGGAAGCCCGGCGGAUCAACGACGAGAUCGAGCGGCAGCUUCGCCGGGACAAGCGGGACGCCCGCCGGGAGCUGAAGCUGCUGCUGCUGGGCACAGGAGAGAGUGGCAAAAGCACGUUUAUCAAGCAGAUGAGAAUCAUUCAUGGAUCAGGUUACUCUGAUGAAGACAAAAGGGGCUUUACAAAACUGGUGUACCAGAAUAUAUUUACAGCAAUGCAGGCCAUGAUCAGAGCCAUGGAUACCCUCAAAAUCCCAUACAAGUAUGAACAUAACAAGGCUCAUGCACAGUUAGUUCGAGAAGUCGAUGUAGAGAAGGUGUCAACUUUUGAGAACCAGUAUGUAGAUGCAAUAAGAAGCUUAUGGAAUGACCCUGGAAUUCAGGAGUGUUAUGAUAGACGACGGGAGUAUCAAUUAUCAGAUUCAACUAAAUACUAUCUUAACGACUUGGACCGCAUAGCAGAUUCCACUUAUUUGCCAACUCAGCAAGAUGUGCUCAGAGUUCGAGUCCCAACAACAGGGAUCAUUGAAUAUCCAUUCGACCUACAAAGCGUCAUUUUCAGAAUGGUGGAUGUAGGAGGCCAGCGAUCAGAAAGAAGAAAAUGGAUACAUUGCUUUGAAAAUGUCACGUCUAUCAUGUUCCUAGUAGCUCUUAGUGAAUAUGAUCAAGUGCUUGUGGAGUCAGACAACGAGAAUCGAAUGGAAGAAAGCAAAGCACUCUUUAGGACAAUUAUCACAUAUCCAUGGUUCCAGAACUCUUCAGUCAUUCUGUUCUUAAAUAAAAAAGAUCUCUUAGAGGAGAAAAUUAUGUACUCCCAUCUAGUUGAUUAUUUUCCAGAGUAUGACGGACCACAGCGGGAUGCACAAGCAGCACGAGAGUUCAUCCUGAAGAUGUUUGUAGACCUGAAUCCAGACAGUGACAAAAUUAUCUACUCCCACUUCACAUGUGCUACAGACACAGAGAAUAUCCGCUUUGUCUUUGCUGCUGUCAAGGACACAAUCCUACAGUUAAACCUGAAGGAGUACAACCUGGUCUAACUGUGCCUAGGAGGCCCUCCAAAACCAUCUUUGUGUGAUUAAAGAUAUACAAGAGGGACUGUAUUAUCUGUGAAAACAAUUUGCAUAAUACUAAUUUAUUGCCGGCCUGGACUCUGUGAAUGUCCACAGAGUUUGUAGUUAAUAUUAUGAUUUUAUUUAAACUAUAUGGAGGAAAAUCAAAAGAUGCUGAAGUACAUUCACAGCACAUUUCCUCAUUUUUUAGGCAAAACCUUGUGACUCAAUGUGUUUUAAAUUCUCAGUCUUACAUUUACAAAAGAUAGCAGUGUUUUGCUGUUGAAGCAAAAUCAAGCUGGUUUCCUCUUACCCUGACCUUUUCUCUCUCCAUCCUUCCCCUCCUCCUGUAUCUUUUACAAGGUACAAUGGCCUUUUUUUUUCCCAGUUACAUUCCUGGGUAAAAUAUUAUCUGUUGAGUGGUUUGGUCAGGAAAAUACUAUCAUCAGAACUUAAGUCAUCAGUCAUUCUGAUUUUACAGUAUGUACUUACUCUGAAGGAUCAAAAGUAUUGAUACUGUGAUUUUUAAAUUCUUGAUAUGGGUGUCUUCAUUCUGUCUUCACUUUUGGGACUAGAAUAUUGGGAUUGCAAAAUAGAAUUACAGUUGUCUAAGGAUAUUAAAUAUAACCGUUAUUUUCACAGUUCAGAAAGGUGCACAGAAGACAGUAAUGAAAUAACCAGGACACGGCCUAGGAUGUACAUGGAAUAUGUUAGAAUCUCUUUUUAAUUGCCAUGUGCCAUUUUUUUUUCUCUCUUCUUUUAUUCACAAAUGCCAAAUAGAAAUGUCAUAGACACUACAUCUUCCCCAGUGGCUACAGCCUGAAAUAGUGUUGGGUUUUUUUUCAGUUGUGUGGGGCUUUUUCUUAAGUUAGAGCUUUUUUAAAUGUUCUUUUUCCACACUAGAAAAAUUAUUUUUAUUGUAUAAAAUAAAUGUUGCCAAAUUUGGCUUUUUAUAAAAACCAAUGCUCUUGAAACAUAAGAUAGUGAUUGAAAUGCCAAACUGAUGGGUUGGGAACUGACCUAACUGAGUCAACUGCCAAAUGAUGAACAAACAGUUUCAGCUUAUGUGUUCCCUUUUUUAGAAAGUGUUCCAUUUUCUAAUGCCAAAACCAACAGUGUAAGUGAAUAUGCUACGAGGUGCACCAUGCACACACAUGUGGUCUACUAAUUUAAAGACAGUUUAAAUCUCUCCUUAUGUCACAUAUGGCAUGACAUUGUUUUCUGUAAUAAUAUUAAGGCACCUUUAGUUGUAUAACAUGAAACUUGAUGAGAGAUCACGUUCAGGAACCUUUCUUUAUAAGGUUGCUUGUUAACUGAUUCACCGACAUUUGAUAGGCUUUCAUGCAAAAUAGCCUCUUUCAGUGUUCUUUAGAAGAUUGAUUCAUGUAAAUGAAAUAGUGAGAAAGUCAUUCUUGAAAUCCAAAUGUGCAAUUUUUUAACAACAUAAAUGCAGCACACAUUGAUGAGCCUUUAUUCUGCAGCUUAGGUUGAAAGGUGUUUUUUGACCAGGUGCAUGAUUGCUAGCAAGCUACAGACAACUCAAGAGUUCAGACAUGUAAUUGGAUUGAUUUUAUGCAAUGCGAAGUAGCACUAGAGUGCACUUAAGUCAGAAAUUGCUGCCUCAUAGCAGCGGAUGGGAGGUGGUAAAAAAUAAUGGUUUAUUAGUUGAUUACCAAAGUUAACAAUAAAAACUAAUGAGACGUUUUUCAUCCUUAACCCUCCCAACUCCAAAACAACAAUAAUAAGAACAGUUGCUAUUUUUUGCUCCCUCUUAAAACACCUUGUAAUUUAAAACUGGUUGUAGGUAUAGUGCAAUUAUGAAUGCUAUAAUCAUUGUACAUACAUCUAUAUAUAUAUAUAUGGCAGCAUCCAUAUUGGCUUUGUAAUCAUUAAUUUUUGGCAAAUUGAAUGUGCUGUAUUGAUAUGUAUCUAUGUAAUUGUAUUGUAUGUCUUAUAGCUAAUUCACAUUUUAAAUAAUGUUAUUUUAUUUACUUUUUUAAGAGAGAAGAAUGUAAAUUUCGUCAGUUUAUUUCUGACUAGGGAUUUGUUGUUGUUUUUUUAUUUACAAAACAAAAACAAUUACUAUAGUACAGAGCGGUACUAGCAUCGUGCUGUAUAAAAUCAUUUGCACAUUCCUGAGUAGAAGUAAAUUGGAGACACCCAGACAGAGACCAUUCAAAACAAUGCUUAAAUCUUGUCAGGGCUUUAUACAGGUGUAGAAACCAGUCUUAGAAGAAUUUAUGCUGUUAUAUCUAGGAUUGGAACAUAAGCUUUUAAAUACAAAUUUAAGUUAUAUUUGGCAGAUUCACAUUAGAUUACUUUUACUUUUCUAAUACCUUUAUUAGAAAAGUAAAUUUAGAGAUAUUUCAAACCAUUGUACAUAAGUACGAAUGGGUAUAUGCUGUUGCCCUAAAAAUACCACGAAAAAUACAGAACAUCAGAUCAAUCAGUCAGUCUUUCAGAAACUGCAGAAACCUGAGAUAUAACAACAACAACCAAAAAGUCACUAUUGUUAAUGAUUUUAAAGAGUUAAAGCAUUUUAUUUAAUACAGCUAAAGCAGGUAUAUAUAUGUUAUAAAAAGUGACACUGACAUUCUGAAUAGGGGAUCAGAGCAGUGGCUCUUACAGCAUUACAAAGUUGGUCCUGAUCUUGCUAUAAAUGCAGCAGAGCUUCUGUUUUCACAGUUCCACUCUUCAUAUAUCCUUCUUUUAACUUGGGAAUACAUGGCCCAGGCUGGAUUCAGUGCUAUGAAUGGAACUGUAGCCAAAAAAGAAAAAAAAAAGAAAAAAAAAAAAAAAAAGAGAGAGACACUGGUGUCUAACAAAGGUUUGGGUUUCUUUGGGUUUUUUUUUUAUUAUUAUUAUUUUUCAUUAUGGGAUAUUGGGUGGGGAGAAGGAAAUGUGGUUCUGAGUUUUGUAUAAAAACAAAACAGAAGUUUACUCAUGCUUUAUAGUAUAUUGUGAUUGCAAAAGUUUUCAAGUGUAUGUGCCACUGGGCUAAUUCUGGUAUAAUUUAGGUAAGUUGAACCUGUGGCAAUGUUUAGAUCAAUUGAGCAUGUUCUGAGAAAAAAAUAUAUAUUCAGCAUGCCAAGGCAAGCUUUACAUGAAUCACCUAACACAGCAUUGCAGUGUGACAGUUUACAAAAACAUUUCCUUUUUAAAUGACACAGCUGUUCCCACUUGCAGUAUAUUCCAUUGUGGUGUUGCUGUUGCUGUUGUUUUAAUUGGUGGUUUCUACUAUGCCUUAUAGUGCUUGGGUCCAGAAGUUUGUGCCUCUAACAUGAAGCUGAAGGCAAAAACAUCAAGACAGAAACCCUUUUAACUUUGCCAAAAUUAUGUGAUUUCUUUGAAUGUCAUAAAUGGGGGAGGAGGGAAGGAAAACGUCUUGGGAACCUGUGUAUUCUAGAUGUUCACUAGCACAAGAAAGCUGUAAUACAUGUUUUACAGAAAUCUUAAACUUGCCUUUUUCACAGAUUAACUGGCACUGUCCUUACGUAUCUAGGAUGAUGCAGCUAUAAGGGCAGUUUACUUUUUAUAAUUCAGACUCUUUUGAUUGUCAAGGUGUAUGGACUGUAAUUUUUAAUCAUACUGCCACAUGGUUGUGAAUCACUUUUUUAAGUUUGAAAGUGGAGAAGAGUCUUUUUAUGCUGGAUAUCAGUCAGAACUGACUGUAUGAUUUGCAAAAACUCAAUGGGGGGAAAAGGGCUGCAUACAAAGACACUGCUAGACUCCCAGCCUUCGUUUGUAAGGUGCAGAAGACUUUCAGAUUGCUCAACCUCAUGACCCUUCCCUUGUUACACAUUCUUCACAAAAGAAUGAAGUAUUAGGAGAAAACAAAGACAUGUUAACCCACACGAGAAAAUAAAAUUUACCCAAUUAAUUUAUUAUAUGUGCUGCUGUUCUUGGAGCUCUGUGCAUGGUUAUCCUGCAGACUAUUACAUUAGUGAACUCAUUUUAAUAUGCACAACAUAUUAACAAGGCCUACAGAUGACCUACCUCUAGCUAAGAGACCAGUAAAGUAAAUAUGUUUUGGAGAGACCGUCCUAAGUUAGGAAAUUAAAAUGUCCUGGAGUAGGUAAUUAAUUACGGUAUUUUAGAAAUUCGCACUUUUGUAAAUACGGUCCCUCUUUUGACAUAAACCAUAAAUUCUAAAAUUUAGUAUGCAUCAACUAAAGCCAUCUGUCCCUGUCCAGUUUCUUAGUUUAGUAGAUACCUUGCAAAACCAUACAUCUAGUCUGAGAAGAGGAGCUACUGGUAUUUCCUCUUUUUUGGCUUUUUGUUACCCAUAACAUUUUAAGUUUUAUCAAUCAAACCAGAAACAUUUCUACUUAGUUGACAAUACAUUGAGGGUCAAUAUUUAGCUAGUAAAACAGAUUUUACUGUAAGUUUCACUCAAGCUUUUUCACAGUAGGAAUUCGCAGUGUUGAAUUCCUUUCACAAAGGAGUUCUCUGUUCCUUUGAAUAGAGGGAGAUUUUGACAAUGGAGUGAAAAAUACAAAGCCAGAUCAAUCUUACUGUAGAUCUGUUGGUUUGCGUUUUUUCCCUCAAAAUACAGUCUAAGCUGAAGUCUGUUGCUGGAUUCCUCAUUUACCAUGCUGCAGGAAAUCCUUAUUUGACUUUUUUUUUUUUUUGCCCGGGGGGGGGGGGGAGUGGUCAGAUACAUUUUUAAACUUGCAGUAUUUAAAAAUAAAGAUCAUAUUUGCUGUUCUUAAAGUGUCAUUUAAAUGCAUGUAUUGUGUGUUGUUUGAGGGACAGAAAUAGUUUUUUUGGAAAACUAAUAUUGUACAGUUACUGCCUCUCAAAAAAUGUUGCUGGUUAAAAAUACAAUAUUUUUGGCCAAAACUUCGUACUAUAGUAUCUUCAUUCCUUGAAAUUUAGCCUUUCUGAAAUAUUAUUUGGGCUUAGUGUUCUCCCAAAAUUAUUCUUAUUAUGAUAAAUGCAGGAUAGGUGUAUUAUUCCAUUAUUACUUUUUAAUUAUAUGCUCUGUCCUUAAUGGCUAUAUAUUAAAAUUUCUAGACUAUUACAGCCAGAAUGUUCAAAACAUUUAAGGUUUGUUACAGUGCAGGCAGUCAUUUGACAGUAUUAUUAAAUGGGUUUUUUUUGUUUGUGUACAAUGGAAACUCAGAAGCAUGGGGGGAAAGAAAUAAUAGCCUAUAUCUUGUUAGCAGAGUUUCAGAAUUUGUAGAUGGUGAGGUGAAUUUCGUAAGCAUUUUGGCUGAUGGCACUAGUACCGCAAGAGCAGACUGAACUUUUUGUUCGCCUAUGUGGUGAUAGGAAGAACGGAAAGAUGCUUUCGUGUUGCUUUUCAGGAGUCUGGCUCAUAUCUGAUCAACACUCAGUGGAUCUCAAAUCUUCAUUACUGAAGAAAUAGAACUUCAGGCCAGUUGCAAAAAUGAGUUUGUUCUCUAUUUUGUAAUUACAACAGCUUAAGUGAUUCUUGGAGUCCAAACAGUUUACCCAAGCACGGAUUUGAGCAAAUGGUUCCUCAUUUUUCUUUCCUGUUGCAGAAUGUAAGGGAGAGGGAUCAAUGGGGAAGGAUUUAUUUUAGCUUUGUGUCAGUGAAGUUAAUGUCAACAAAAGUACAGUGUAAGUGAUGAUAUUUAGAUACGUGAAAUAGAUGUAGAAACUGUACCUGUGUGAUAAAUUGUGCAUAGUUGUGAUAAAACCUUACAUCACAUACUAUGAUCAUAUCACCUGAUUGCCAACAGCUUUGUAGGAUACUGUCCCAAACAGCUAGGAGUUCCAGAGUAUUCAUAGACCAUGACAAAAUACACAGUUGUGAGCUCCUCAGGAACACAUCUGGUAUCAGUAUCUGUUAUCAAGACAGCUGAUGCCCUCUCACAGCUCAUUGCUACCAAAAGAAACCACCGUCCAAGACCUCCUCAGUUCCCGGCUCUCUGAUGCGUGGGGUUUUCCUUCUCCCUUAUGUCAGCCGUGCCACUUGGCCAGCCAAUAAUCUGGGUGAAAAAUCCCACUCAUUUUUGCUCUUCUUCCUUGGCUGAUUUUGUAGUCUAGUUUUCAGGGGUUUCAGCCAAUUUGGCUGAUCAACGGUUCAGACAAGUGCUAAGCUGACUAAAUGGAAGAGGUAGGUAGAAUUGUGUGGCCAGCAGUCUUAGGGGAAAAAGGAGUAACAUUCCCCUCCUUUUAAAACCUAGUCCUGAACAGUGUGUAGUACCUAAAAACCUUCAUUUUAUGCACUUCAUGGGCUACUAACCAUUCUGGCUUGGAACAAUUGCUCUUUUCACUUUGAAAGGUCUUUACUGCAUUUUUAUCCUGGAAAAAAAAAAAUAGAUGGGACAAGAAAAACACUUUUCUGCUCCCCUUGAAGAGUAACAAGUUUGUGUACAUAUGGACUAAACCUAAUUGUAGUCAUACUGAAGCCAACAAGUCAAACUUGGUAUUAGGGAUGGAAAAAUAUAAGAAUUGGGCUUUGAUUUGUCUCAUGGAAAAAGUAGGGGGAAAAAAUUGCCAUAAUUCAUGUUCAUUUCCAGUAAUAUAGUUUAAAGAAAAAGAAAUGGUUUCCACCUUAAGGUAUUUAAAAUGCCUUGUCACUGUACAUGACAUUCAAGAUUUACUAUGUCCUUGUCCAAGGCACUCCUUCCUUCUCCAUUCACACUUGUCUAUCAUAGUGAUUAAUUGCUUCCUGACAUCUGAAGAAAAUAUUUCCGCAGUACUGCUUUAUGUAUGUACACUCUGGAAUACUUUCUGAUCCAUGUGAAUUAAAUGUAAAUUGGUCUGCUAAAAUUGAACAAUUGAUGAGGGGUAGUACAGCUGAAGAAGACCACGCUUUUUCCUUAUUUCAUAUUCCCCCUGCCAUCUUGUUCUGAUUAUUCUCCUGUAUCUUUCCUUUAUCCUGUUUGCCAUAAAGAGAACGUUGCUUGACAUACCAGAUUCAGUUCUGGUAAUGGUUACAGAAUUUAUUAUACUGGCUAAAUUAAAGACAAACUGUGAAAAAGAAUAGCUUCAGAGAGUUCCAGUAGUCGGGCAGAUCCAAUUAGCCUUGUGGACAGGCAUUUCAGAAAACAAAACACUAAUGCUGUAGCUGUAAUACAGUCAACUCAAGGAUAUAGUGGGCCAAAAUACCCAUUUUAACAUGUCGUUUCACAUUGUCAGUAGAGAACUGUGUUUGCCAAGGUGUUACUGAAAAUUUGCUUUUUUUCCUACAGUCCUGUAUGAGGUGGUUAAUGCUAUGAUCAGACUGGCACUCAACUGAUGAGAUGCAUUAAUUCGACAAUAAGUUCGAAUGUAUUCUUGCAGAGAUCAGUUAUUACAUAAGGUUACUUUAUAUGAUGCUACAAAAAAAGAUGCAUGCAGUAAACAUUUAAGAUUGCACUUUUAUACAUUUAUUAUGAAGAGGAAUCACUCUCUCCCUAAAAAUAAAAUUCCAUUUAUCUCAAGAUGAAGUAUCUGGAGUCUUAACAACUGUCAGUCAACUGUAAACCCUAGUGUGAUUAUUGUAUACUAGAGAUUAAUCAAUUUUUUUAUCACAUGCUGUAGAAUAUUUAUUCUAAAUGCUGAUUUUUGGAAAGGCAGAACAAUAUUUUGUAUCAAUAUCUUGAUUGCUACUUUUCUCAGCAUGUCUUAGGAGAUCCUUCUGAGUUACUCAUAAGACCCGAUUUCUUUUAGCUCAAGAAAUUGACUGCAGUGUAAAAUCUGUGAUGACGGUUUUUCUUCAAGUACUUUAGAACUUCACUGUUCUGACUUCACUGAAGUUAAGCAACCCAAGUGUAAUUGAGAGGCAAAAGGCCACAUAUAAACAUAAUCGGCUACUUCCCUUGCAUAAUAAUAUUUUAACACACAAAUCAAUAACAUCACUAUAAUUUAGCUGGUGGAGCUAUUCCUCUUGAAUUACAACAGGCUGUUGCGGUGCUAAGAAGAAAUCGGUUUUCCUCAUUCUUCACCAGAUGUCAGAAGUGUUCAAAUGAUGUCAUGGCUAGUAUUUGUAAAAACAGCUUAAUUGAUUUUCAGUGUUAUUUAAUACAGUCUAUAAAUUGUUUGCAUCUCUUGUAGGAAAGUAUAGAAAUGGUGGCACAGGUGGAAGAUUUCUGUAGUUAUGGAUUAAACAGUUGUCUUCUGAUAAAUACAUUCAUACAUGCUGAUUUAAUUUCUGCUAAUAUGAAACAAAAGUUACUCCUCUGAAGAUAGCAAAAUGUAAUUCUCAAUUUAAAACCAGUGUAAAGCUCUAGAGGGUGAAUAUAGAACUCUACCUAGAUGAUGGUGUUAGAGUGUGUAAAAGAGCACAACAAAUUUUGUAAGCAGAGAAGAGCUUAAGUAAAUGGGAGAAACCGUUUUUGAAUCAUUUAGGUGAGUGCUGACUUGUUCAAGUGUAGUAAGAAAAUAAAAACUGAGUAUGAGAUACUUUGUUAGCACAUCUCUGAAAGAACCAUUUAAACAUUUGUCACAAAAACUAUGAAGUAAUGCAGAUGAUGACUUCUUUCUCCCUUACUCUGGUGUUCAACAGUUGAAUAACACAUACUACGCAGAGCACUCAAAAUGAGUGACACCUCCAAAGCACAGCAGAGGGGAAUAGUGUAAUCCUGCAAGGCAUGGAAGGCUAACCUUACAUCCCCAAUCAAGCAAGUGAAACUGUUUUCACUAGUUGACCUGCAAAAUAGGCAUAAUUCAAUUAUUUGGUAUGCCUCAGUGUUAGAAAAUGUUAUUGUGACCUCAGUAGCCUAGUGGAUGAUCUUUUUAAUUCCUCACCCAUCAGUCAUUCUAAUGGUAAUAUGAAAGAACGGUUGGCUUACACUAAGCUACAAAAAACAAGGUGAAUUCCUCUUCCCAACUCUCCGGUCCUUAAUGUCCUGACUUGCUGUCCUAAAAGAGCCACAGGUAUGACCUUUAUUUGGUCUUCUAUUGCACAGCAAGCAAAAAGAGAGGUCUCUGCCACCAGAAAUUAAUGAAAUGGCAGACAAGUUGAGCUGCUGCAGACUUCCAUUUUCUGCAAUCUAUUCAUACUACUUCAGUCUUUGCUUUCAAUAAUUCUGUGCCCCAUACAUUUAAGUAGAAGGAAAAUAGAUUCGCUUGUCUGCCUGGAGGUCUUUGAUUAAGAAUUUGACUCCACUGAUAUCUAUGAAAAAGCAAGCUGCUUCUCAGAGGAGGCUUCUGGUAGAGAUCACCUGAAAUUUCCCAACAUGUACUUGCUAGUUUAAGUUCUGUAAGUAAAAGAGAUUGAAGCAUUAGUGUAAAGAAAGCAUGCAUUUCCACCACUGACUCAGGCCGACAGGGCAUUAUUUAAAAUGCUUAUGGUUACAUGGAAAUUCCCAUAUGGUCACUGCUGCCACCAUGACCUGCUGUGCCCCCUGUGAACCCAGGUCCCAAAGGAUGGGAAUUUUAACAGAAAGUCUUGGCAUCUGAUGUUUCUGCAUUCAGAGAGCAGUUCUGCUGUUCCUUUAGUGGAACAGAAUUUCUCUAUUGGGGUGAUACCUUAUUCACUUUCUGGGUUUUUUUUUUUCCCCUCUCCCUCUCUCUCAUUUUUAUUGAAAAAAAAAAACCCAAAAACUUCCAAGGGAACCAAGAAGGCUAAUGACAUACUACACACACACUCCAGACAAUGGUUUUCAGUAGUCUUGUUUAGGCCCACAAGAGACCAACAUGUUUAUGAAGAUGAUCACUGGCUAUUGAUUUUGAGCCUGUAAUUACAACAUUAAGCCUGUACCGUCUGGUGGGAUUCAAUAUGUAGAUACCCCUUGUUCUUUAGGGAAAUGCCUUUACUGAUACUGUAAAAGGUGGUUUUAAGUUUAGGAUUUCUCAAAUGGCCAGAAAAGAAGUAAUUGGUGGUAGAUGGCCAUUAACAGCAUACUGAGAUCUGCAGUGAGAACAAGCAGGAGACCAGACUGUGAAGUAUCCACACACUGAGAUUACUGAUGCAGGAGGAGGGGACUUACUUUCUGUGGAAAAGUAGUUCAGUAACUACUUACACUUAGGCCAAAAGCACACUGAGAAAACAGGAAUGUGGAAGUCAUCAUACCACUUAAUGAAAAUUCUUUGAAAAUACAAAAAGGUAAAAUCUGAGGCAUUUUGCCAAGACUUUGAGGCUCUCAUUAAAGAAGACACAAUUUCUGAAUGUAUCUGACCAACCAUAUACCGCUUAGCUAUAAAUGCAGGAGCUGUGAAGCUUAGGAAAUGGCAUGUAUAAAUAGAGACAUAAAGAACUUAACACAAGGCCAAUGCCAGGACACACAAUUUUAUAUCUUUCAUCACAGACAGGUACACUUUUAUUUGUCUAUACGUACAUAUAAAUUUCUAUUGGCAUAGCAAGCAUAUCAGGCACUUUAUGAUGUCCAAGAGAGCCAAACUUUUACAGACGAUGCUAACCUACUUAAAGAAUCUCCAGAAAUAUAUUGUAAGACCAUUGUAAUUGCAUAGAUUUUAAUGAAAACUAGAAGUCAUGUUUUGUUUGAUUUUUUUUCUUUGAAUUAAACUUGUGUUUUCUACAAGA